AUGUUUGAUCAGUUGUGGAACCUUUUUUCGGGCGAGCCGAGCGCGCUGGCCCAGCAGCUGAACGAGCGCAUUGGCGCGCACGCGCUGAGCGUCAGCCAGCUCCACACUGCUGCACAGAGCACGUUGUUCUCCUGGCUGCAGGCGGCGUUCCCGUCCCUCUUCGGCGCGGCGGACAAGGCCUCCAGGGCCGCCGAACUCGCGUCCUGGGCGCUAAGUGAUCAGGCCUCCAUCGCUGAGAAGGAGGAGGUCCUUGCGCAGCUGCAGGAGACUGCCGCCUCUCUGGAAAGCCAGAUGUGGUUCGAGACAGUUCUCCUGAUGGUCGCAGGUCUGCCCGUGCUUCUGUGCGUCGUCUGGCGCAUGUGCAGAGCAUUCCGAAGACGUGCGGCGCCCACGGGCCAGGACCCGAGGAAUAGCUCUCUGCCCGAGGCAUCCGAAGGGGCUCACUGCCUCUCGGCUCCGACGGCGGAGGACACCACGCAGCCCGAGGGGACCGUCCAGCCGACGGCGGAGGACACCGCCCAGCCCGAGGAGGUCGUCCUGCCCGAGUCAGCGGAGGGUCACCCAGAGGAGUCGCGUGAGACCGAAGCCGAGACCGAAGCCGAGGUCAAGACCGAAGCCGAGACCGAGGCCGAGGUCAAGACCGAAGCCGAGACCGAAGGCGAGACCGAAGGCGAGACCGAAGCCGAGACCGAAGCCGAGGCCAAGACCGAAGCCGAGACCGAAGCCGAGGCCGAGACCGAAGCCGAGGCCAAGACCGAAGCUGAGACCGAAGUCGAGACCGAAGCCGAGGCCAAGGCUGAAGCCGAGACCGAAGCCGAGGCUAAGACCGAAGCCGAGGCCGAAGCCGAGGCCGAAACCAGCCCCGCCAAGCUGCUCCCGAAAGCCGAGCCCCUCAGGGUCUCCGUCAGCAUCCCCAGCCUGUUCCAGAAGUUCCUGUUCGAGUGCACGGAUCUGUCGCAUGUCUUCAGCGACGAUGUGCAGCUCAAGUUCCCCAAGGACUCUGAGGACAAGGAAACUUUCUUCAUCGAAAGCUUCAAUAAAGACCGCCUCAGUUAUCUGGUGUCCGCCCACGUGGCCGUGGCGCCCGAGGAACAGGCUUAUGUGGCCGACUUGGCGCGCGAGGGAGGCCCCAUCGCCGCUCUGGAGGAGGAGCACGGCGUCCGCGUUACCCUGCCCGCGGACUUGUCCUCGGAGCCGGUCGUGAUCGUCGGCUUGCACUGCGUGGAGGAGGCAGUGCAGUCCUUCCAGCAGGCACUGAAGGAGCAGUCCUACAGGCACGCGACGGUCACGGUGAACAUCCUUCCGAAGGACCUGGACCUCAUCCUGGGCGCAGACAGAGCCCACACCACCCACAUCGAGGAGUUCUUCGGCUUGAAGGUGAGCGCUUCUUCGCCCCAGAACGGGAAGGCCCAGCUCAAGGUCGAGGGGCCCCACUGCAAGCUGGAGAAGGUGGCGCUGUACUUCGAGGCGCGCGUCCGCGAGCUGCGCUCUCGCUCGGAGGCGGAGCACACGGUCCCAGUCGCCUGCGCUCCUGGGGUUUACAACAGCCCCGCCUUCAUGGCCGCCCUUAAGUCCGUCAUUUAUAAGUACGGCAUCCAGGUGGCCCUCCCCGACGCCGCAGCUGGCCGCACUCAGGUCCUCAUCACCGGCUUCGAGGACUAUGCCACGGCCGCCGCCGCCGAGCUCGAGCAGGCUCUCAUGCCACACAAGGAGAAGCAGCUCCAGCUGGAGGAGGCACCGCAGGCCGCCAAGAUGAAGGCUAUUGCCUUCCAACCCGAGGAAGUCUACAUCGCAUUGGGGCCGGCCAAGUGCCACGUGCCACUGCUCGAGGAACAGUUCGGCGUCAGGAUCCUUCCCUGGUACGAGGGCCAGCCGCUCCUGCUCCGCGGGGAAAAGGAGGGCACGGAGAAGGCUGCAGCCUUCCUCCGAAGUCUCUGCGGCCUGAGCAGCGCUGAACCGCGGCCGCCGUCCCGACGCUCCCAGAGAGAUUCUCCCAAACCUCCUGGGAUUGCCUGGGCACGGGCACUGCAGAAGGCACAGGGUGUCCUAACCACCUGUUGGCCGAGAGUGCCCCUUGCGCAGGCGGUGCUGCAGAAGGCGCUGCCGACGCAGCCUCGAUUAGCCUGCGGAAACUUUGCUUCUUGCAAGGAUGAAACAAAUAAAUAG